ACGUGCCGCGGGGAGGCGGGAGGAGGAGUUGGCGCGGAGGAGGCGUGGCUGUGCGGGCGAAGGCGCGGGCGGGCGGCGGGACCUGACUUCAGCUGUGACACCCACGGCGAGCGGCCGUGGUGGCGCGCGGCGCGAGGUUCAGGACGCGCUCCGCCGCCUCUCGCACCCGAGUUAGGCGCCGGGCUUUGCCUGGAUUCAAGCAGCUACGACGCGGCUAGUCCUGGUGCAGCAUCGGGGGCCGAAUUUCGCCGCGGCUACUGUCGCUCAGGAGCAAUUCUGCCUGCUCCGGGAAAGCGGCACUGAGAGUUUCCCUGGGAGAAAGAACCGGGACGCGCGCGUAGAGCCACAGGGGACCGGGAACCGAUCCGACCGAGCGGCGGAGAGGUGGCCCAGCAAAAGGUAAUUUUGGACACUAGCCAUGGAAGAUUUGAUGUUUGUCUGCAGCAACUUCCUCGACCCUUAAGUCCUGUAACCUCCCGUUCUUUUGUGCCUAUCAAGGCUCCCGGGUUUCUUCUCUAUCCAGAGUUAUUCUGUUGUGGUUGGCCAUGGGGAGCACACUGGGCUGCCAUCGCUCUAUCCCCAGAGAUCCCUCGGACCUGUCACAUAACCGCAAGUUCAGCGCUGCCUGCAACUUCAGCAACAUCCUGGUGAAUCAGGAGCGGCUAAAUAUCAACACUGCCACUGAGGAGGAACUGAUGACUCUGCCUGGGGUGACACGUGCAGUGGCCCGAAGCAUCGUGGAAUACCGAGAAUAUAUCGGCGGCUUCAAAAAGGUGGAAGAUCUGGCACUUGUCAGUGGUGUAGGGGCCACCAAACUGGAACAGGUCAAGUUUGAGAUCUGUGUGAGCAGCAAGGGUAACUCUGCACAGCACUCUCCCAGUUCCCUGAGGCGGGAUCUUCUGGCUGAGCAGCAGCCUCAUCACCUGACCACCACUGUGCCCCUCACUCCUCGAGUCAAUAUCAACACAGCCACCCUUGCUCAGCUCAUGAGUGUCCGGGGCCUCAGCGAGAAGAUGGCCCUCAGCAUCGUGGACUACCGCAGGGAACACGGUCCUUUUCGAAGUGUUGAGGACUUGGUGAGAAUGGAUGGAAUCAAUGCAGCCUUCCUGGACAGAAUAAGACACCAGGUGUUCGCAGAGAGGUCCAGGCCCCCAUCAACCCACACCAAUGGGGGUCUUACCUUCACUGCCAAGCCUCAUCCCAGUCCCACAUCUCUGAGCCUGCAGAGUGAGGACUUGGACCUGCCACCAGGGGGGCCCACGCAGAUUAUCUCCAUGAGGCCCUCGGUGGAGGCCUUUGGAGGUAUGAGGGAUGGGCGACCUGUGUUUAGGUUGGCCACGUGGAACUUACAGGGCUGCUCUGUGGAGAAGGCCAAUAACCCGGGGGUUCGAGAGGUGGUGUGCAUGACGCUUCUGGAAAACAGAGUUCUCCAACUGAUGUUGAUUUGUGCGUAUUCCCAACCAGCCCUUGUUUCCUGAAGAUUCUAUUUUGGUCCAGCCAUUACCUGAUUAAGCUGUUAGGCCUGGCCUUUGAUUGUGAGGCUGCCCAAAAGUCCUGAAAUGGAGCGUUUCACCAGGGGACUGCUGCCCUGCCUGUCUGCAUCUCCUGCAUCCUGCUCUGGUUGGGAUCUGCAGUCUUCUUUGCUGAUGGAACUCUGGAGGGUCGGUCACAUUAGUACUUUCUCAAUUCAGGCUAAAAGCAUGGGCUCUAAGGGAGAAGUUUAAGGGAGACUGUUUUCUAGAAUAUUGAUUCAGUAACUGGUUCAAAGAAAACCUCUCCUAAAGCUGCUUGAGCAAAUUAGUCUGACUUACAUGUAAAAAAAAAACCCUUUUAAAGAAAUUAAGUUUUGUUUUUGGUUUUUUUUUUUGUUUGUUUGUUUGUUUUUUUUUUUUUAAAUAAAAUAACCAGUUUCAUCAUGGUGGUAUCCCGAGUGCGUAACGUGCAUGCUAACAGUCAUCCCCUUCCCGCUCCCUGCCAUUAGUCUCUUGUCUUCCCACUGCUGUCUCCAUUUCUCUUCCCAAACAGCUCUGUUGUACAGCGUCACUUCUCUAACAGCAAUCUGGAUCCAACAUUUGAGAGGAAACAUGUUUGCCUUUAUGCGUUGGUUCAUUUCUUUUGAUCUCCAUCUCCAUCCAUUUUUUCCCCCCUGCAAAUGACACAAUUUCCCUUUCUGUUAUUUUAAGUAAAAAAAAAAAGUAAAACAGUGUUCUGUGGUCUGAAAGCGCCGAUGACUGGCUGUGCUGUGCUGGCCUGAAGCUGUGGACGCCCUUUCCUCUUCUCGUUUCUCUGUAGGAGCCUUCACAGCUGCAGAUCCUGGUGUCCCUCUGCCAUUUGUUCUGUUAAAGCAAUGAUCUUAAACCAUAAAGUCUCACUCUGAACAGCACACUAUUCCACGCCUGUCUCUCCAUAGGGCCUGGAGCUUUUAUGCCUGUUUGGUAGCAGUGCGUCUGCUGAGACCAGAAACUGAUAAUUAACACUGGACUUGCUGUGGCUGAGGCGUGAGCCUAGCCCUUGUCACCUGUGGCCAUCUCUAUCCCUGUCUAAUGGACAGAAAAGGGAUUGCUCAGCUAAGCCUAGACCUCUGCCAGGGUCACAUGGCUUUUAAGUAGUGGGGUCUGAAUUACAGUCGCAGCAGUUGGUGAAAAAGUACCUGUCAGUCACUAAUCCUCCUUGCGGACUACCCGCUGCUCUUCUGCUCCGAGCUCUUUCAGCUCAGCGUGUGGAUGAUGCUCAGCAAAGCCAUCAUGUGUGUGAGUGCAUGUAUUUGCUCUGGCCUUGGCUUCUUCAAAGUGGAGCAAGGAUAUUUGCAAAGCAAACUGGGUGUAAGAUACUGUAUGUAUAUAUUUUUUAUGACUUUUGAGCCUUUUAUAUUUAUUGAUCUUGCCCACACCUUUUUUUUUUUUUUUUUUUUUUGGACAACAGUUUCUUCCAUAAUCUGUUUUUGUAGGAUCUAUCCAAACAUUCGUCUUCAUUUUCUUAGGAACAACUUCUCUUCCUGUUCACACUUCUUGUUUGUGAGUUGGUGUCAUGUUUUAGGGGUAGUAGUAGUGUGUGCAACUGGCAUUAGCAGUCUCAAGGCAGAUACAGUUGGCUCCCGGCAAGCACAGGACGCCCAUAGGCGUGGCUGAUCCACUCAGGAAUGUUCAAUGUACUAUGGAUUUCCCAAGUCUGCAACAACAGAGGAAGAGCCCAGUGUGGUGGGUCUUUUGAAUUGAAGUUGCUGGGAAAAACAAACAAACAAAAAAAUCAAUCCUCUUUGGCGUGUGUAAAAUCACUAGUACGUGUAGAUGAAUCUCAAAACACAAAAGCCAGAUAUAGUGGCACAUGCCUGUCAUUCUAGUAUUUGGAAGGCAGAGGUAAGAGAAUUGUGAAUUUGAGGUACAGCCCCAUCUCAAAGAAAACAAAAUAAAACAAAACCCCAAUCAAAUAAAAACAAAACAAAAUAAACCUUGGUACCUGUGCCCAAGAGAGUGUUGCAGGGUGUGGAGAGUGUUGACUCCUAGCAGUAACUGAAGGUGUCAGCCGCCCAUCAUUCUCCCCCUAAGGGUGACGCAAAAGAUGUGGCUGGAUAUAAACUCACAAGGUGAUCACUUUAGUGUAUCCCUUCCCCCUAAAUUAUUCAUUUCAGCUCUCAGAAAGGUAAACAGAAAUGGACUUUCAUUUUUUAUUUUAUUUUAUUUUUCUUUGACUUAGGACAUGUAUGGGUCAUGACUUUAAAUCAGUGGUUCUCAGUGGGUCUCGAUCCCCUGAGGUUGAACUCCCCUUUCACAGGGGUCACAUAUCAGAUAUCUGGUAUAUCAGAUAUUUACAUUACGAUUCAUAACAGUAGCAACAUUACAGUUAUGAAAUAGCAAUUAAAUAAUUUUAUGGUUGGGAGAUUCAUAAAGGGGUCACAGCAUCAAGAACGUGGACAACCACUGUUUUAGAAUUUUCUGCUUGUGUAACCUGUGAAUUACUCUGGGGAUAAGUGUUUGAGGAAGAAGGCUGCAUUUGAUGUCUUAUAAAGCAUUUUCCUAAGUUUUAAAGUUUUCACAGUCUUUUUAAAUUGUUCUGAAUGGAAUUUUAAUUUUGAAAAUUUUUGAUUUUUUAAAUUUUUUUUUUAUGUAGAAUAUGGAUGAGAUCUCCCAGUGACUGAGGGGAACAUUUUAGUGUGUGUGAACUGCACUGAACACAGUCAAACAGCAGGCAAAAUGGUGAUGAUCUUGUAUUAUGGUAGUUUUGACGAUUCCACAUUUAAUAAUAAAAAUAUAAGCCGUUGUCAGAUACUGCUAGUUUUGACGUAGAAGAGUUUCUAACUCUAGGGUAAACUUAACUGAAGAGCAUGUAAGAUGAUGGCUCAAAGUGUCACUUAUCUAUGAAAAGGGAGACUUUACUUGAAAAGAGCCAGACAAAUCAAGGCACAGAAAUAACUCUGGGAGGCAAGAGUACAUGACUGUCUUAAUAGAUUUCACAUAUAGUAUUAUAUUUAUUUAAUCGUUUGAAACAGGGUCUCGUGUAGUCCUGGCUCGCCUAGAACUUUCUAUUUAGAUCUGGCUUCAAAUUCAGAGAUCUGCCUGCUUCUAUCUUUUGAAUGCUGGAAUAAGAGUCAUGUGCCACCACACCCGGCUCAGAAACAGUGUUUGUGUUCAUCAAAAUCACUGUCUUGGGCCAGGAGGGUGGCACGGUAUGGAGUCUGAGGCAGGAUUGUGUCCAGGAAUUCUGAGCGCCAUGCUGAGACCCUGUAGUAUCUUAAGGCCAGCCUUUCUCCAAUAGUAAAAAUCAAAACAGAAAGAGAAGGAAGGAAAGGAGGAGGCCUGAAGGGUGUCUGGGUGAUUCUUUAAUUAGUCAAUUCUGUUGGUAGGAGUUGAAUACUUAGAUGUAAACGUUUCUUCUAAAUUGUAGAAAUCCCUUCUAUUCUGAAGUUUUAUUCACUGGGAAGGAAAGUGACCGCUGUUUUCUGCCAAGUACCUGGAAUUCUGAGAAAGAGGAGCAAUCAUUUCUGUAGAUAGGGUAUGUAUUAGUCAAGAAGGUUACCUUAAUAGACUACUGUGGACCAGGUGGCCCAAACAACUGGAAUUCCUUUUCUCAUUGCUGGGGCGAGAGACUACUACAGUAGGUGAUUUAACAGUAGUCUUUGUUUUAUGUUUUCCUGAGGUUUGGUCUCUGCCUGGUAGCUAACCUCCAUCUUCCAUUGUUUCUGCAUGGCUCUUCUACCUAUCCAAAUCCAAAUUUCCUCUCCUUGUGAAGACAAAAGCCAUAUUGGAUGGAGGGAUAUUUCAUUUUGUAGAUUCGGAGGUACUAUGGGUUGGGGCUUAGCUGGUGAAAUUUGAGGCGACAUUAGCAUUCAGUGUGUAAGAAGAUAAUUUAGGAAGACUUGCCUAAUGUGUCUUUCUUGGCCAUUUGUGAGGAAGAUACAUCUCUGAAGUUUUCUGCUGAGAUAAUUUCAGAGUAUCCAGUGUACAGCUUAAAACUGACAUCCAAUUCAUGGGGUGACAGCGUUCUUAUGAGCCACAGUAGGUCUGGCCUAGCUUUUUGGGAGCUGUGGUUAGGUUCCCCUGCACUGCCCUUCAGAGGUGCCGGUGUAGGCACCCUGCUGGAAAAACCUGCCUUGCCCUGAAGCCUUGUGGUCCACCUCCACUCCCAGGCAGCAUCCUCCAGUCGGCUGACUGGGUGCUUGCCCUUAGCUCCAGAUAAUAUUGAUGCUUGAGCUUGGCAGAGCUCAGACCCUAACUUCAGGUAGGGAGUUAGUGUCUGUCUGCUGUUUAGAACUUUGUGUCCUUUAGAUCUGCAGUGAGAAGGCGAGUCCAGAGUGCCUGUCAUAGAGCCAACACAAGCCAAGCUUUCUCUGACUUUUGUUAUUAAGUGCCCAGUUGUGGGCUCUCAUCCAGAUCUCCCCCAUCAUAGCAGGUCCUGCACUGCGAUUGCACGCGGAUGCCAUCCACCCUCCUAGACUGAAGGUUUUGCAAGGGGAGGGGCUGGGUUCUGAGUCAUAGUUUUGGCACAGCAGCACUAGAAAAUUCAUAGCAAGAAUAUGAUAGUCAUAUUUAUUAUUUAAUUUGAUUCAAGUGCUAUUGUAAGCAUUUUAUAUUCAGUAACUAACUUCAUUCUCACACCAGCGAGUGACUACCGAUGUCCACUAUACACGUGAGGACUUCCUUGAAGUAUGUAAGCACGCUUGCAGAAGUCACUCGGCUGCUGAGGAGGGAGCAGGCCCUGGCUCCUUUAUGGAUUAGAGAAUCUGAAAAUGAUGAGAGCCCACAUCAGGCCCAGGACGGGACAGUUCUAUACCCAGAGAGGCUGUAGAGACAGCAUGAGUUGUGGGAAGGGACCAUGUGUCUUUGAGAGAGCUCAAGGUGGUUGUCAUUCCAUUGGGUGCCAGCCAGGAAGUCACCCAGUCUGUCACAGUGAGGCCAGCAGUGCUGGGCUGUAUGGCAGCUGGGUUUGUUUUGAAAUUGAAAUACAUUUUUCACCUUAUGCAGCUCGUUGCAGUAAAGUGAUGGUUAGUAGUUUUUUUUUUUUUAUUCGAAAUAUUUUGCUAUAGUCACAGGUGAGAGUUGUACAACUGUCACCCACGGAAUUUCAGAACAUGUGCAUCAGUUCAUAUGUAUUAGCCGUCACUUCCCAUUGCCUGUCCUUUCUUCUUCUGGGCACUUGGCUGUUUGAACUGGACUCCUUGCACUUCGCAUGUUUCAAGGUUCAUCUACGUUGUAACAUGUGUUAGCAAUCCAUUUUUUUUCCCCUGGGAGUUGAGUAGUAAAUUUCACUAUCUUGAUGGAUACUAGUUUUUUCCGACCUUUAGGCUCUGAUGAAUAAUAUUGACUUGACUAUAGAGGAAGACAUUUCUAUACGGAAGGUAUUUUCAUUGCUCUUCACGAUAUUCAGAGAGUCAGGUUGCUGGGUCCUAGUUAAUUCUAUGUUUAACAUUCUGAAGAACUGCCAGGCUGUUUGCUCGAGCAGCUGAAUGAUUUCCCACUUCUGUCAGCAGUACGUGAGGGCUCAGGUUUUCCAAGUGCCUGCCAACACUUAUUAUUGUCUUUUGGUUUUUAACCAUAGCCAUCCUAUUGGCUAUGGUAUAGUGUUGUCAGGUUUUGGAUUCCAUUCCCCCACUCGCCAGUGAUGCUUAGCAUCUUCCCAUGUGUCUCUGGCUAUUUGCUUCUCUUUGGAGAAAUAUCUAGGUGUAGGCCUUGGGUUAGGUUAUUUUCAAAGUUAUUGGUAAGCUGAAAAAAAAAUGAAGAGACUGCUGACUGCUUGUCUUCCCCUCUUUCUUACCAGUUAGUCAUGGAAUCAUUGUACCAGGACAUAAUCUGGGAGGAUUUCUUUGUAAUGGGAGAAAGUACUCAACAUGGUACCCAAACAAAACUCCAUCUGGGAAGACCUUGGCACCUUCCUCUUGGCAUGCUCCAUGAUUCUGACUGGAGCAGUACAUCUGAGCAGGGCUAUUAGCAGAGUCCUUCAGAGGUACUGAAUGUCCUCCAACUUCACAUUUAAGUUAUGUGUUUUGGAUAGAAGUUCAAUGUACUUAUCUGAAACCGGAAUAUACUGCACGGUGUGCCAGGGUGUGUGGUGAGAGGUGAACUUUGGGAAUCUCACUUCAGUGUCUAUAGUUCACAGGCCCCCAGGUCGGAACAGCGCCUCGAAGGAACACCUGCUACAGGAUACUGGCAAAGCCAUCACACACAGAUGAAAUUACAUGCAACGUGUUUAUUUCCUGAUUCCUCUGCGCCCCAGCCAUGACCCGCUGAGUUAUACCCUUCACUCCAUGGGACCCUGCAACGAGCCAACCCACGCAGGCUCCACUUCAUUUUGCUUUUGUGUUUAACAUGAUGUUUCUCUGUCAUGCACCUCCUAUCCACUCGCAGUGUAAAGAGGUACUUAAAUGUACCUAGCCAUACCGCUGGGGAUUAUGAAACUGGUAAUUCACAAAAGAGCCUUCUGAAUUCUGAAGAUUUACAGCUAGUGACUGCUUCUGAAGGCCUUGUACUCAGAGGCAGUUACCUCACGCUCUGCAUGUACCACGUGUACCAAACCCCACUCCUGUCUUCCAUGGAGGUCUGUCGUAGCGUUUUAAUUGUCCUGAUAUCACAGUGAUCUCCCUAAAUGCACAUCCUUUCUGCAGUGGUAACAGGACACCUUAAACUGGGUGAUUUAUCUGAGUACAAAUCUGUUUUGCUCAUGUCUCUAGAGGCUGGGAGGUGCCCAAGAGCAGAGUGCCAGCAGCCAAUGAGGACCUCAGGGCUGCAUUAUCCCCACAGUGGAACAUUGAAAGGCAAGAGACUGGAGAGGGCCAAACUUGCUUUUGAAGAGGUGGCUCAGGGGUUAGGAGCAUGUUUUUUUCAAACUUACUGUUAAGCUGGGGGAAAAAAAGAUGGUGUUUUUCUUCCCUUCUUUCUUGCUACUUAGUCCUGGAGUCAUUGCACCUGGAUAUAGUUUGGAAUACUUUCUUUGUGGUGGAAAAAGAUGCUCAACUUCCUACCAAAUAGAACUUCCGUGUGAGGAAAUGCAGGGGACCUGAGUGUAGUUCCUACUACUCACAUCAGCUAGCUCAUAAUCACCUCUAACUGGAGCCCUAGAGGGUCCAGCAGCUAACACAAUCACAAUACACAUUAAAAACCAAAUCAAAAUAAACCUGCUCUUCUGAUAACCAAUACGCUCCCACAGUAACCAAUACGCUCCCCACAGUGUUCAUUGUGGGGACAAAGCUUUCUGGUCUAAUCACCUGUAACUUGAGCCACCACCUUUCACUGAGUGUGAAGUGUAGGACCUUGGGGAACACAUUCAAACCAUACCAUUUUAUUUGUAAUUCAAGACCAGUUUUCUAAAAGCCUCCUCAUUGGAAACAAAGGCCAGUUGAUCAGAACCUGGAAGUUCUCUCAUACAGUUGGAGGCCUCAGUUCUGACUAGUUCCAGUUUCUCUCCUAUGCGGAUCUGAUCUCAUUCACUAUACUUAAUUUUACCCUUCCUCAUGCCUUACAUAUUUCCAAAGUUCUAAUUUUAAUUUUGUGUGUAUGUGUGUGGUGUAUGUACUUGCUGGUAUAGGUGUGUGCACAUAUGUGCUUGUGGAAGCCGGAGAUGGAUAUUGGCAUCUUUCCUCGGUUGCCCUCUACCUUUGUCUAUUUAGACAAGGUCUCUCACCUAAACUGGAACUCACUGAUUCUGCUAGGCCAGCUGCCCAGGGAGCUUCAUGGGGCUGCCUAUCUCUGCUCCUCCUCUCAGUACUGUGGUUAGAGGUGUGCACCGUCUCUGCUUCUCCUCUCAGUACUGUGGUUAGAGGUGUGUACCGUCUCUGCUCCUCCUCUCAGUACUGUGGUUAGAGGUGUGCACCGUCUCUGCUCCUCCUCUCAGUACUGUGGUUAGAGGUGUGCACCAUCUCUGCUCCUCCUCUCAGUACUGUGGUUAGAGGUGUGCACCGUCUCUGCUCCUCCUCUCAGUACUGUGGUUUCAGGUGUGCACCUCCGGGCUCAGCUUUUUACAUGGGUGAUGGAGGUUUGAACUCUUGUCUGCCUGGCAGGAACUUUUUGACUGAGCUGUCUUUCCAGCCUCUCAUGAUUGUAUCUUUUUUUUUUUUCCAUUUUUUAUUAGGUAUUUAGCUCAUUUACAUUUCCAAUGCUAUACCAAAAGUCCCCCAUAUCCACCCACCCCUACUCCCCUGCCCACCCACUCCCCCUUUUUGGCCCUGGUGUUCCCCUGUACUGGGGCAUAUAAAGUUUGCAAGUCCAAUGGGCCUCUCUUUCCAGUGAUGGCCGACUAGGCCAUCUUUUGAUAUAUAUGCAGCUAGAGUCAAGAGCUCCGGGGUACUGGUUAGUUCAUAAUGUUGUUCCACCUAUAGGGUUGCAGAUCCCUUUAGCUCCUUGGCUACUUUCUCUAGCUCCUCCAUUGGGAGCCCUAUGAUCCAUCCAUUAGCUGACUGUGAGCAUCCACUUUGUGUUUGCUAGGCCCCGGCAUAGUCUCACAAGAGACAGCUACAUCUGGGUCCUUUCAAUAAAAUCUUGCUAGUGUAUGCAAUGGUGUCAGCGUUUGGAUGCUGAUUAUGGGGUGGAUCCCUGGAUAUGGCAGUCUCUACAUGGUCCAUCCUUUCAUCUCAGCUCCAAAUUUUGUCUCUGUAACUCCUUCCAUGGGUGUUUUGUUCCCAAAUCUAAGGAGGGGCAUAGUGUCCACACUUCAGUCUUCAUUCUUCUUGAGUUUCAUGUGUUUAGCAAAUUAUAUCUUAUGAUUGUAUCUUUAAGGAAUAAAUUAGUUAACUUAUUAAGGAAUAAAUUAGUUAGAAUAAGUGUAUCUGUACUCUAAACCUUAGAUUUUCCAGGUAUAUUUUUGUAUAAGUAGAUACACAGAUAUGAAUGGACCUAGCAGAAAAACCAAAACGUGUGCUGCUGGCAUAAAAGCAAGCAGACCAAAAAUAAUGAGUCUAAAUUACAAGUACUUAAAUUUUAUCCCAAUUUUAUUUGUGCAAAAUAAAUCUAGCAGUAAGUCAGACUUUAUUACAGGUCAAACUUGAGACCAGCAACCUUGAAAUCAUCUUUCCUAGUUCAAAUAGGGCCAGUUAUAAGCCUGUUUUGCAUCUCCUGUGUCCCUAGGUUUGUCUGUGUCUGACCACAGACAUAUGUUUGUAUAUGUCUCCACCCACAGAGUGUCUGGCUGUGUGACAGUUGUAAGUAUGUCCAUCUUUAGAAAUAGAUCUUUAUCUUUAGUGCUAAUUACGUCUCGGCUUCCUUCACGUUGUCAGGGAGUAAGUGUCCUGGGAGAACCCGUGUGCAGUUGGCAGGAUGCUGCCUUCUGACUAAUAGUUUGCAAGUUUUCUCCUGCAGUUCACUUUACAAGCCCAGUGGCAGUCAGUGUCUGAUUUACUAUCAGUGCAACAGAUGGAAGCAGAUUGUUUCUUGCUGUCCAGUGGCCUGGUGGCUGCUGGAGCUGGAGCCAUGAACCUUGACCUUAUGUUUAUUAUUUUUCAUAGUUCAAGGCCAGACUGUGCAGCACAG